CAUCUCCUGGCACAAGUUCCUCAAAUCUCCUCAUCAGACAGAUUGAGACCAUGCUUGGCGCCCUGUACCUACAAUAAGAAGGAGAACACGGCGCACUUGUCUGGCAGAGUUAGGAAGAAGACUGAUGGGGCAUGACAACUUCCAUCGGGUUUGGAAGAAAGCAGAGUGUAUUGAAGCUGAGAUGCCAAACCGCCACUGAGGCCCAGGGACAAUCCCCACCUCACGCUAUCCUGUCAGACUUUGAGAUUUAUUAGUAAUAUGCUGCCUUUGCAAAGUGUAAAGAAACCAGUGCCAAGAAGGCGUAUUCUUCCAUAUUGGGAAUAGACGUGCUCUCAAGACAAUGGCUUCAAAGGUCUCCUGUUUGUAUGUUUUGACAGUUGUGUGCUGGGCCAGUGCUCUCUGGUACUUGAGUAUAACCCGUCCUACUUCUUCCUACACUGGCUCCAAGCCAUUCAGCCACCUAACGGUUGCCAGAAAAAAUUUCACCUUUGGCAACAUAAGAACUCGACCCAUAAACCCACAUUCUUUUGAAUUUCUUAUCAAUGAGCCCAACAAAUGUGAGAAAAACAUUCCUUUCCUUGUAAUUCUCAUCAGUACCACUCACAAGGAAUUCGAUGCCCGCCAGGCAAUCCGAGAGACCUGGGGGGAUGAGAACAACUUUAAAGGCAUAAAGAUAGCCACUCUCUUCCUCCUGGGCAAGAACGCUGAUCCUGUUCUGAAUCAGAUGGUGGAGCAAGAGAGCCAAAUCUUCCAUGACAUCAUUGUGGAGGACUUCAUUGACUCCUACCAUAACCUUACCCUGAAAACAUUAAUGGGGAUGAGAUGGGUGGCCACUUUUUGUUCAAAAGCCAAGUAUGUCAUGAAAACAGACAGUGACAUUUUUGUAAACAUGGACAACCUUAUUUAUAAAUUACUUAAACCCUCCACUAAGCCAAGAAGAAGGUAUUUUACUGGCUAUGUCAUCAAUGGAGGCCCAAUCCGGGACGUCCGCAGUAAGUGGUAUAUGCCCAGGGAUUUGUACCCUGACAGUAACUACCCACCAUUCUGUUCGGGGACUGGCUAUAUCUUUUCAGCCGAUGUGGCUGAACUCAUUUACAAGACCUCACUCCACACAAGGCUGCUUCACCUUGAAGACGUAUAUGUGGGACUGUGUCUUCGAAAGCUGGGCAUACAUCCUUUCCAGAACAGUGGCUUCAAUCACUGGAAAAUGGCCUAUAGUUUGUGUAGAUAUCGCCGGGUUAUUACCGUGCAUCAGAUCUCUCCAGAAGAAAUGCACAGAAUCUGGAAUGACAUGUCAAGCAAGAAACAUCUCAGAUGUUAGGAUUUUUACCAAUGUAAAUAUGUUUCUUUUCUUUUUUAAGAAAUGGGGCCUACGGUGUUGGUAUUUUACAGGGGAAAUGAACUGGUGAAGGGGUUUUGUAAAGUUUUUGCUUCCUGCUUCUAAUUCCUUUCUUGGAUUACCAAUUUACAAAAGUUAGGCUCUGGUCAUAGAAACAAUCAAUGAGCUGGAAGGGCCAGAUUUCAUUCUCAGGUCCCAGGGCAUUGCCAUUUAUCUCAAAAAGUGACUUCCAAACAACUCCUAGGACUUAGUUGCUGCAUCUGAGAUAAAAAUUUGGUUCUUGGAAACUGAAACUCACAGUAAUGUCUUCAUAUCAUCUCUGCAAAAAUUAAUGCAUAAGUAAAAUAAACCUUUUCAAAAGCAAUUCAGAAAGGAUGUACAGUCAGGAAGACACAUUAGACAUAGAUUAUUAACAUUAUGUGUGUUGUUACAUUCAACUUUUACAUAUAUUGCCAUGUAAUGUAUACAGUCUUUGCAGUUUUGCCAAUAAAUGAACUUAUGCUGCAGGGAAGCUGUGAUUAAGUGGAUGGGAAUUUAAACUUAAGAGUCAAAUAUUCUGUAUGGUUGGAAGACAACUCUGCUUGCUCAUCCAAGGAUUAAACCUGGUCAGCAGGUGGAAUGUAUAUAAAAUGCUACUAAGAAAAGUAAACAAGAGAAUUUUUCUUUUCCUUUUUUUGCUCUUUCAGAACAAACAUUACUUGGUGCCUCCAAGGAGACUUUGCCAAAUGUAAUCCUACUUGCUUCCUUCCAUACAAUGCUAAAUGCAUUUUUUGCAGUUUCUGGAUCUGCCAGGCACAUGUCUCUAUGUGUAGAAAAUAAGUUGGUAGGAGACCAGGGAACAGUAAAUCACAUGAGAAAAUAUAAAUUUAGGUAUGCAUUAUAAUUAACACACAACAUAAGCUUGGCAAUAGUGUAAGAUGUCCCUCCCACACAUUUGCAAAGCAUGUGAGAAAAUCUUGAAGGGAUACCAAUAUGAUUGAAAGAUGUGGCCCUGCUGUUGACAGAUAUAAUACUCUCUAGCAUCUGAAAACACCUGAGCACCUUCAGCAGAAAUGCUGUUAUAAGGUGUUCAUGGUUCAUGGUGUUGAUGUUCAAGGGAAGGAGGGGUGGGGAAGCCUGAGUUCAGGUCCUAUUGAACUUAUUUGGUCCCAUCGUACUCACUGGGCCAUGUGAGCAGGCAUCUUAAUCUUGCUGUGCUUCAAUAUGUUCAUUUUUAAAAUGGCUGUUAAAAACAAAAACAAAAACGCCUACCUCACAGGAACUGUGAGAACAGAUCGCAUUUGCUAAGUAUUCUGGAAUCCUUAGCUUAAAAGGUGCUACGUAAUGCAAUGUACCAUGCAUUAUGCUAAAUACUGAAAUAAUUACAUGAUUACAAUGGUGGUCAUUGGUAGUAGUAACAUCAUCUUACUAUGAAAUCUGCCAAAAUAAAGAUCAACUAUGAACUAUCAGUGCACCUAAUCCUUCCAAGACUUUGACUUGCUCUUGGCUAUAUGUUAGAUGUUUGGGAAAGCUUCAAUUUCUCUGCCAUUUCCUCUGGUUUUAAUGAAUAAGUUAUUAGGUCAGGGUGUUGUCUUGAAAUCCCAAGGUGCUGAAAGAGAAAGCAGCUGUCUUUCUUUGGGAAGGAACCUCCAACUGAAGGUAUAUUACAGUAAGUGAGGCAUAUGCUUUGCAAAGGGCAUCACAGUCACUUAGAUCUCAAGAAACAUUUGAUCUGAAUUCUUUCUAAGAACUCUGAGGACAGGUAGAGCUAGUCCACCUCUACCAGAAGAAGACUAGGCUCUCAGCAAACCCACACAUUUCACAUCUUCUACCAUUCAUGAAAAAAACUCCUGUUUAUCUAUUCAAAGAACGCCUCACAGCUGGAAGAGUGUAUCUUUUUAUUUAUUUAUUUAUGUAUUUAUUCUAAGUUGGUCGUUGGAAACCCCUACAGAAAUUAAUAGCAAACAGGGAGACAAAAUGAACAAAUGGAAGUCAUGGCCUCUUUCUUGGAAACACCGAAUCUCUCAUUCCCAACCCUAAAGUAACCCAAUAUGAGACAAUGCUUCCCAUCCCUUAACACUUCUUCAUCUAAUAGCCAGCAGGACUGCCAGUUUUGACUAGAGAAGAGCAUUAGGUAGCCUGGGGAGAGAUGAAUCAGCACAGAGUGAGCCACCCUCCAACCCUGCAGCCUCAACUGCUAUGAGUUGUGACCACUGGGAAAAUCUCACAACCUUGUACUUGGUUCACCUUCCAGUCAUGCAGCCGAAUCAAGUCUCUGUCCCAUACUACUGCCUUGCAUCUACCCCAUUCUCAGUCAGGCCACCUUUGGUGUUGAGAAAUUGCACAUUAUAAACAUCGUAUAUGUACAUCUAUGAAUUGGUUUCUAUGUGUGUGUAUACAUUAUGAAUAGAGCCCUAAUCUUUAAAAGGAGCAAAAAUCAGAGAAUCAUAUGUCUUAAAGAACUAUUUCCUAACUUUUUUAUGCUAGGUAAUGCCCAUGUGACAAAGAUGUAAAUAUUCAUCAAAGACCACAUGUAUAUAUUUUAAAGGCAUUUUUUUUCUUCUUCCCAACUGUACGUAUAGCUAGAAUGUGCCUGCUGUGUAACAUUUUCUUCUGCAUGGAGCUUGGUGUGAGACAAGGCCAUUUGUCCAGUGUUUCAAUAGCCUUAAGCAUGUUUGCCCUUCGUUUUUUGAAUGCUCAAAAAAAAAGUUUAAGUGAUCACAAAAAAGCUCUAACUUUCUACUUUUGUUAGUUUUAUGAUAUGACACUGGUCAAAUUAUUGUUUCGAUUAUUUGUUUGAGCCAUUCUUAUCAUUGCCCUGACAUAAAAUAAUGUUUCAGACAGUAUUCUACCAAGUUUCAUUCAGAUAGUUUUUACAAAACUCUCUGUCCCCUCACCUGUUUUUGUUCAUUUUGCACUGGGUAAUAAUAGGUAUCAGUAAUCAGUGUCGAUAUUCUCAAUGUUUCUUUUUUUAAUUUAUUUUUUGAGAAAAAAAGUUUUCUCUUUGGUGGCUAGUUUAGGUGGCUUUGUGUCUUCUUAUAAUGGAGGAAAUGCCAGUUUCAAUAUGUAAUAUUGUACUUUUAAAUAACCAGAAUCCAAAAAGUGAAGAUCAUUUUCAAUUUGGAUUAAAUUCAGAAGAACAAAACCCCUUUGCACGACAUGACAUGGGGAAAAUAAACUCUUGACAGAGAAGCCAAGGAAGGAGUUUUUCAAUCAAAUCUCUUCUAUCAAAAGACAAUGAAGUAUUUAUCUAGAGCGUCUGGGAUUCAUUUUCUACCUUUCCUAUUAUGUGGGUUUAGUGGGGGAAUUGAUUAUGUCAUUUCUUCUGUAACGGUGAAGAUAGUUUUUACAAGCAACAAAGUAACUUGUGAAAGAAAGAAGUAAUUUACUAGAAAAACGCUUGUUGAUGAUAAUUGACAUUUAGGUAUAACGUUAUAUAUGAAUGAUUGUAUUUAUGUAUUUAUUUGUCAAAACUGUAUAUACUGUUUCGCCAAAAGUAAUUGUCUGUAAAAGUGCACUCUCCAGGUUUCUAGUACUAUUUAGGGUUACAUGGGUUGCCAAUCGAGCUGCUAAUCAGAAUACUAUUUUUUGUAUAUCAAUGUUAUAAAACUAAAAAUGACAAAUAGAUGCUGAAGAUGCCAUUACAUUCAGUUUCCUUCACUUUCUUCCUGAAUUAUAAACUGUAUUGAAAGCACGAUGCUUAUGUGUACAGGCCCAUCUGUCAUGAGGAAGAUUACGGUUCCAUAAAGCUGAUUUUUUAAACCACUGGGACAAAUAAACAGAAGGAGAACAUA